AUGGCCAACUGUGGCCCAAGUUUCCAGCGUAAGAACCAGAGACCACAGCCUAGCUGCUCAAGGUGCCCCCUAGAGGUGAGAGUGGUUGAAGUCGUCCCAGGACCAUCAGGCCCCUGUGCAGAGGGCAGUGCCCCGCCCCAAUCCGCUAGCCGGAAGAGGAAGAGGGCGUGGCCCACAGAGGAGGAGCCUGCCUCUGGGGCUCAGGACUUCUGGGUGGUGGAGUCCCUGUGUGGGCUCAAGAUGAAGUUGAAGAGACGGCGGGUGUCUUCAGUGCGACCAGAGCACCAUCAGGCCUUCACCAGGCUGCUGGAGGACCCUGUCAUUAAGAGAUUCCUGGCCUGGGACACUAACCUGAGGCUCUCUGACAAGUAUCUCCUGUCCAUGGUGGUCGCUUAUUUCAGCCGCGUGGGCCUCUUCUCCUGGCAGUACCAGCGAAUUCAUUUCUUCCUGGCCCUCUACCUGGCCCUGGACAUGGAAGAGAAUUACCACGCCCCUAAAGAGGCCAUCUUGUCCUUCCUCUAUGGGGAGAACAGCCGCUCUCAGCGCCCCUUGUUCCACAAACAGCGAUUCCAGUUCUUCUGCUCCAUGGGCAUGAGGGCAAUGGUCACGCGAGAAGAAUGCGAAGAGAUCCAGGCUUUUGAUCCAGAGCUCUGGGUGUGGGGGCGAGAUCGCACCCUCCUUUCCGAGGCCACCAAGCCUAAGGAAGGUCCGAAGGAAGGCGGGUCUGUGUCCUCACAGGUACAGAGGGAAGGGUUUGUUGUCUCUUUAAGAAAUCCUAGGAAUCCAAUGGCUGGACCCACGCUCAUCAUCCUCCUCCCCAUCACCAGGCACUGA